UACUAUUUUAGUAUUAUGUAGCCUAUGUAGGUCCUCUAGUAGCUGUACUUCUUAGUGCGUACGUGCAGUUUGUGAUCGUGCCGUUCGUGGUUCGUUCACGGUCUGUCUGAAAAUCACGAUAUUCAUGCGUUUUUCACCCUAUCGUAUCACCGUAUAUACGAACUAAAAGUUCGAGCUUCAUCCGUGUGUGCUUGUUUAUAUCCUUUACUCUUCAAUUGCGCGUGUAUUUGUAAGAAAUUUAGUAGUGAGUGAAUCGAUAGUCUUUUAGUUUUUGUUUUCCGCUUCUGGAUGGUAAUCAUUAGUCAGUCAUAGUAUCAUCAGAAUAUUUUGUCCGUCUCCAGAUUUUCCGGUGUUUGAGUAAUAUUGCGUCAGAUAUCUUUGCACGGAUUUACACCUGCAUGUUCCUCAUUGUGGCCUUAAUGCGAAACUGCGACCAACAAUUGUGAACUGAAUAAAAUUAUCAAUAAUCUCACGAAGUGAUUGAGUAAAAAUUAAAGGCAUUAAGUCUUAUAAUUCACACCAAUAUGUGAAAAUAUGUAUUAGUAAUGGGACGAAAUCGAAACAGAAGAGUCAGCCACAGUGUUCAGAGUACCAAUGUACCAAUGUCCCAGCGCAGUGACUAUGUUGAUCUGUGUCGCAACAUUAUACGCGACAUGGAUCAGUAUGGAGUAUGUGUGCUAGAUAAUUUUCUAGGUUAUCAACGAGGUAUGACUGUUCUAGAUGAAGUUUUGAACUUAUACAACAUGGGAGUGUUUAAGGAUGGUCAAUUGGUUCGAAAUAAAGCAAGUAAUAAUCUCAAAACAAUUCGAGGUGAUCAAAUUAUUUGGGUUGAUGGCCGUGAGGAUUGUUGCAAACAAAUUGGACAGCUUAUAAGUGAUGUUGAUGCUGUAGUUAUGGGAUCAAACAAAAUGAAUGACAAUGGUAAACUUGGAAACUAUACCAUUAAUGGCAGGACUAAAGCUAUGGUUGCUUGUUAUCCGGGACAUGGAUCUCAUUAUGUCAAGCAUGUAGAUAAUCCAAACAAAGAUGGCCGAUGUAUUACUGCAAUAUAUUAUUUAAAUAAAGACUGGGAUAUAAAAGAAAAUGGUGGCUUGCUAAGGAUAUUUCCAGAAGGUUGGAGUGAUCAAGUGGCUGAUAUAGAACCACUAUUUGAUCGUAUACUAUUUUUUUGGUCUGAUCGAAGAAAUCCUCAUGAAGUUCAACCAGCUUUCAAAACUAGGUACGCAAUUACUCUUUGGUAUUUUGAUGGAAAUGAGAAAGAAGAAGCUGGAAGAAAAUUUCAAGAUGCAAGUCAGUCUAAUAUCUGUUGUUAUCAAAAUGCGACUUAAAUAGUAUGCACGUUCCAUAGUCUUGAAAAUAACAGUAAUAUAUUUCAUUGACUAGUAAAUUGGACUCUUGAAAUUCUGUACUGAUCUUAAAUAAGAAUUUAUGUUACUUAAGAUGAUCUGCACACAGAUCAACUCAGUAAAGGGGUUAAUGUUUUCAAUCUGUGAUUUAGUUUACUAACCCAAGUACAAUUAAUUCCUUAAUAUAAUUCAAAUAAUUAAUUUUGGAUUUUAAAUAAAUGGCUCAAACCAUUUAACCUGUAGGUAGAUAUAAGAAAAAAAAUACUUAGUAUUUUUUUUUAAUUUGUUGAAAAGAAAAUUUGUAUAUUUAUA